AUGACAAUUGGACGCAAGCCAUUUGGGAACAGCGAUGUCAACCAAGGAUCUUUACCUAUGCUUCGCGUUGCCAACACAACUCGGAACAAUAUUGUCGCUGUUCUUGGGGAGUUUGUCGGCACGUUUCUGUUCCUGCUUUUCUCCUUCGCAGGGACACAAGUCGCCAACACACCUCCCGGAGCACCAGACUCGGAUCCCAAUUUGCCCUGCAUUAUUUUCAUUGCGCUCGCUUUCGGUGUCUCUUUGACGGCGAACGUAUGGGCGUUUUAUCGGAUCACUGGAGGGAUGUUUAAUCCUGUCGUUACUCUUGCUUUGGUGGUCUGCGGUGGUUUUUCCCCACUACGCGCCCUUCUUAUCAUGCCGACACAAAUCAUAGCCGGACUGUGUGCAGCGGGAGUUGCUUCCGCAUUGUUUCCCGGUCCUUUGGCUGUGACCACAACUUUGGGAGGAGGCGCGAACGUUGCUCAGGGCUUCUUCAUUGAGACUUUCUUGACAACGCAGUUGGUUUUUGUCAUCCUCAUGGUGGCGGUUGAGAAACACCGAUCUACGUUUCUCGCUCCUGUGGCCAUUGGCUUGUCGUUUUUCCUUGCGGAACUUACAGGCGUAUACUUCACCGGCGGUUCUCUUAACCCUGCGCGAUCGCUUGGACCUGCUGUUGUGGCUCGCCAAUUUACAGAGUAUCAUUGGAUUUACUGGCUUGGCCCAAUCUUCGGAUCGAUGAUGGCAUGUGGUUUCUAUCUCUUGCUGCACAACCUUCGAUACCACGAAUGUAACCCAGGCCAAGAGGCCGAUGGUCAAGAGACAACCAGCAAGACACCAUUAACCUCGACGGCCUAA